UCUUCUCAAGCUCAACUGAACAGAAAGAAAGAAAGCUAAUACUGAUACCACUUUCGUCCUCCUUCAAUCUCAUGUUCAUAUGCCAAUUCCCUAACAAUUCCACCCCCAAAUUCUCCCAAAUCCUAAUUCCAUUCCCAUGGCUUCGUCUGAGAUUGAGGUCGUAGCGUCACCCGACUCCCAAUCUCAGACAAACCCUGAAGUUGCCAUAGUAGACGUCUACUCGGCUUCUGCUUAUGGCGACUUCCAAAAACUCAGGAGUUUUGUUGAAGAACAUGGAGCUUCUCUUACAGUUCCCGAUUCCAACGGCUACUAUGCUCUGCAGUGGGCUGCUCUAAACAACUUCGCCGAUAUCGUCCAGUAUAUCAUUGAGCAUGGGGCAGAUGUCAAUGCCUCUGACAAAUUGCAGCAGACGGCGCUUCACUGGGCAGCAGUUCGGGGUGCAAUAAUGGCUGCUGAUGUGCUCCUGCUGAAUGGAGCUCGAGUGGAGGCAACUGAUAUAAAUGGGUAUCGGGCAGUUCAUGUUGCUGCUCAAUAUGGACAAACUGCAUUCUUAAAUCACAUCGUUGCCAAAUUCCAUGCUGACUUUGACGUUCCAGAUAAUGAAGGGAGGAGUCCUCUUCAUUGGGCUGCAUACAAGGGAUUUGCAGAUACAAUUAGACUACUUUUAUUCAGAGAUGCAAGCCAAGAAAGACAAGAUAAAGAAGGUUGUGCACCAUUGCAUUGGGCUGCAAUAAGAGGAAACGUGGAGGCAUGCACUGUGCUUGUGCAUGCAGGAUCAAAGCAAGAACUUCUGAUCAAAGAUAAUGCAGGCUGUACGCCUUUUCAGCUUGCAUCUGAUAAAGGUCAUCAGCAAAUUGCUCAUUUCCUUUCUAAAGCACUACGGUCACAUCAGAGCCACUGGGGAAGAAAAUUUUGUUGUUGGAAGAUGGAAAAUUUUGGUUAUGCUCCUAUUUUACUAUGCAUCAUCAUCAUUCUCGUGAUCCUUUUCGUCAAUUCAGUUCUUGCAGGCUCUAAUCUUGCAAAGGUUACAGCUGUUGUUGGACUUUGGGCGUGGGCUGCCCUCUGUUUGGCAUUUGUUUCUCUGAUAAUGUUUUAUAGGUGUAGUAGCAAAGAUCCUGGUUACAUCAAAAGACCCGGAGAGUUGGGUAAUCAUACCAAUACAGAGGAUCCUUUGUUGAGCAUUGAUCUCAACAAUUCUUCCGUCUGGGUGGGGAACUGGUCUCAACUAUGCCCCACUUGCAAGAUAAUUAGACCUGUCCGUUCUAAGCACUGUCCUACUUGUAAUCGAUGUGUUGAACAGUUUGACCAUCACUGCCCGUGGAUAUCUAACUGCGUGGGGAAGAGGAAUAAACGGGAUUUUUUUGUUUUCAUCUGCUUGGGAACUUUGACAUCAUUCCUUGCUGGCUGCAUUGCCGUACAAAGAAUUUGGACAAUGCCUUCAGCAUUGCAAACGGGAGAAACUUGGUUUCAUCAUGUGGUAGUUCAUUAUCCUGGCGUCAUUACAUUUCUUUUUCUGGAUGCCGUGAUAUUGAUUGCAGCCACAACUUUGACCAUAGCUCAGGCAUCUCAGAUAGCUCGAAAUAUCACCACUAAUGAACUGGCAAAUGCCAUUCGCUACGGAUAUCUCCGUGGCCCAGACGGGAAGUUUCGUAAUCCAUAUAAUCAUGGAUGCCGAAAAAAUUGCUCUGAUUUCCUCAUCCAAGGCCAUGCAGACGACGAGAUUGCUUGGCCUCCAUUACAGCAUGCUGCCAGUUAGACCGAUAACCAUUGCACAGUUUCACAUAAAUCAGUUGUAUGCCUGGGCGGGCUUGGCAUCUCAAACUCUCCUGCCACUGGCUGUCGGUCGACAAUAUUGCUCGGUAUCCUACUACUGUUGUUCAUUGUUGUCACAUACAUCUAUAAGUGUCUGUUUAUUAUUUUGAAACCCUGAAUUAGAAUGUUCAUACUGUCUAACCGAUUGCAAUGUACAAACAAGAAUGUAAGCCAGGAAAUAGGAUAGAAAUGAAAUGAAAAGCUCACAGAUAGAUAAUAUUUGAAGUUUCAUUACCAAAUAAUAUGAAUGUACAACAUGAACAGACUAGGAGGAUCUUGUAAAAUUCAUUUGCUAUUAGUUCUCAUCUCAUGAAACUUGGAAGCACUGAUUUGAUUUCACACUAGAGAAUUGAAGAUCUUAUGUUGUUUCUGUA